AUGUGCUUUGUGGACAUUGUGUUGGUGUGCGCGUGCCGGUGGUUUGGCGAAGAGCGCAUGGGCCGUGAGGGGAAGGUUGGAUAUGGCCCCUCGUGUAAGCAGGCAGAGGAAGAGUUCAACAAGUACACGUACACGGAACUGGCACUGGAGACCAAGAUCAUGGCUGCGGGUGCCAUCCCCGUCAUUGUCGUCGAUCACUACCCCUACCAGGACCUGCUGGACUGGGAGACGUUCAGCAUCCGCAUUCCCCAAGCACAGGCUCCUCGAGGUGUGCGUCCGAGGAUCCUGCGGUCGAUCCCUGAUGAGGUGGUGGAGAUGAUACAGAGACGCGUUGUGUUUGUGUUUGAGGAGUUCUUCAAGUCCCUCUCCACCCACGUGCACACAGCGCUGGAGUCUGCCAGGAUCAACCUGUUCAGUGGCGACAACGCCUGGCAGAUGCAAGUGGAAGGGCUGGCGUACGGCACGCCCAAUGACACGCCACACGAUGUGAUGCAGGAGUCUGUAUGA